AUGCCCACAACUCCCACGAAAGCCUUGUCAAAUAGGUGUUUCUUCAGGUUCACAGUACAGAGGAAGGGUCACACUACCACCAGGGUCAUACAACUACCCCUGGAAAUGCCCACAACUCCCAUGAAAGCCUUGUCAAAUAGGUGUUUCUUCAGGUUCACGGUACAGAGGAAGGGUCACACCACCACCAGGGUCAUACAACUACCCCUGGAAAUGCCCACAACUCCCACGAAAGCCUUGUCAAAUAGGUGUUUCUUCAGGUUCACGGUACAGAGGAAGGGUCACACUACCACCUGGGUCAUAAAACUACCCCUGGAAAUGCCUACAACUCCCACGAAAGCCUUGUCAAAUAGGUGUUUCUUCAGGUUCACGGUACAGAGGAAGGGUCACACUACCACCAGGGUCAUAAAACUACCCCUGGAAAUGCCCACAACACCCAUGAAAGCCUUGUCAAAUAGGUGUUUCUUUAGGUUCACGGUACAGAGGAAGGGUCACACUACCACCAGGGUCAUAAAACUACCCCUGGAAAUGCCCACAACUCCCACGAAAGCCUUGUCAAAUAGGUGUUUCUUCAGGUUCACGGUACAGAGGAAGGGUCACACCACCACCAGGGUCAUACAACUACCCCUGGAAAUGCCCACAACUCCCACGAAAGCCUUGUCAAAUGUGUGUUUCUUUAGGUUCAGGGUACAGAGGAAGGGUCACACUACCACCAGGGUCAUAAAACUACCCCUGGAAAUGCCCACAACUCCCACGAAAGCCUUGUCAAAUAGGUGUUUCUUCAGGUUCACGGUACAGAGGAAGGGUCACACUACCACCUGGGUCAUAAAACUACUCCUGGAAAUGCCCACAACUCCCAUGAAAGCCUUGUCAAAUAGGUGUUUCUUCAGGUUCAUGGUACAGAGGAAGGGUCACACUACCACCAGGGUCAUAAAACUACCCCUGGAAAUGCCCACAACUCCCAUGAAAGCCUUGUCAAAUAUGUGUUUCUUCAGGUUCACGGUACAGAGGAAGGGUCACACUACCACCAGGGUCAUAAAACUACCCCUGGAAAUGCCCACAACUCCCACGAAAGCCUUGGCAAAUAGGUGUUUCUUUAGGUUCAUGGUACAGAGGAAGGGUCACACUACCACCAGGGUCAUACAACUACCCCUGGAAAUGCCCACAACUCCUACGAAAGCCUUGUCAAAUAGGUGUUUCUUCAGGUUCACGGUACAGAGGAAGGGUCAUUUUGAGUUAAUUCUUAAUAGUGUUGCACAUAUUACAAAUCCUCCUGAGUUUCUGGUUGUUUAA